UGGCCGCUAGAUGGCGCAUUUUCAACAUGGCGACUUACACAACCACGAGAUUUUUCCGAAGUCUGAAUAAUCCACGGAAAUUCUUGCUUCUUGCUUAUCAAAAUGCAGCAGGCAAGCCACAUAUGAGAGCCAAUAAUAUCAGGAAUAUUUCAGGCUACUUUCGGCUUGAUUUGAACCCCGACAAAUCAUGGAAAAGUUUGUGUGCGGGACUCGGUAUUGCCAGCGGCCUGUUUUGCACUUCGUACGUUUUGAAACACAACAUUCGAAGAUUUUCCUCUGCCUCGGCCCAGUCCUUGGAAACUAAUGAAACGAGUCAACGUUUCUUAUCCGACGUCGAUGCUUCUCGUCUGAAACUUACCCUUUACCAGUAUCAAGUGUGUCCUUUCUGCUGUAAGUUGAGAGCGUUUCUUGACUUUUAUGGAGUGCCUUACCAGGUUGUUGAAGUCGAUCCAAUCCGCAGGAAGGAGUUGAAGUUUUCAGAGUAUCGCAAGGUACCGAUACUUGUGCAAGAAGGACCAGCAAAUGAGAAAACACAAUUGAAUGAUUCGUCCGUUAUCAUCAGCGCCUUGACGACCUACAUGUCUACUGAUGAGAAGGACUUCCAGAGAAUCGUUAGUUACUUCCCUCGGAUGGAAUCAGAAGACAAGAAAGGAAAGAAGUCUGUGGAGUUCGGCAACAAAUACGAGGUUAUGACAGGGAAACCAGGACGAACAGUGAAUGAAAAGGAAGAGAAGAAAUGGCGCGAGUGGGUGGACGGCGUUCUCGUCCAUUACAUCCCACCUAACAUUUACCGCAGCCCAUCUGAGUCGCUGCAAGCGUUCUCCUACAUCUCCAGCCACAGCCAGUACAACACAAUGCAGCAGUUCGUCAUAAAGUAUGCUGGGGCCGUAGGGAUGUUCUUUGUGGCUAAGAAACUCAAGAAGAAGUACGAUAUUCCCGAUGAUGUACGGUCCUGUCUGUAUAGUGCAGCUGAUGAUUGGACUAAAGCCGUAGGCAAUCGCAAAUUCAUGGGUGGAGACAAACCAAACCUAGCCGAUCUGGCUGUGUAUGGUGCGCUGAGCUCGAUUGAAGGACUAGACGCCUUCAACGAUAUGCUUUAUCAUACUAACAUUGGAUCCUGGUAUCAACGAACUAGGAAAGCUGUCAAGAACAAAGAUGGUGCCAGAUGAGUUGACACGUCAUCGUUUCUGAAUGUGUUCAAAACUUUGUUUUAUGCAAAAGUGCAAGUAUAUGUACCAUACAUUUGUAGAAUGGACUGUCUCCUCUGUAUCAGAGAGAUCUCUGGUGUGAAUUAGAUUUUUGAUAACAGCCAACUGAAAGUAUAAAAAUCUUUAAAAGGUCGGGUGAUACUCUACUUAACUUGCUGUCCACAAAUGUUUGAUGUCAUGAUUUGAUGUGACUUCUCUUGCAACUUGCGUCUAAAUCUCUGGUUAUCUCAAUAAUGUUUUGUUGCCACCAUUUGGUAAUCAAAUCCUUCACUUGUAAUAAAAAUAAGGACAAUUUGGAGAUCUUUUCCAGGCGUGUUCAGACACUCAGACACAAUCUUUACAAUAUUUACACUCCUUUCCUAUGAAACUGCUUUUACCCUAACAAUGCCCAUCUAGUCAAACUCCAACACCAGGGUUUGUUGGAUUCCUUUGGCGUCUGUUGGAGUGAGUACUGCACUACAUGUCGUUAACUGAUUAUGCUUUACAUGGGGUUAGGCAUACCACCAAUAAUCAGAGCCCAACAGUUUGGGUGUAGAGUUUACCAUAUGGUGUUGGAAUUCGUAGGAGUGAGGAAGGUUCCUAGUAAAUCACUCGAGGGAGUUGGGAACUUAAAAACCAUUAUUGUGUUUACAUUUGGGAUUGGUGAUGAAAUGCAAUCUUAUGCUAUUUUGG